AUGGACUGGCUACGCCCAACCGACCUGGGGGCCAGGUCCGCGCUGGAAGACACCGCCGCACUCACCGCGUAUGGAGCUGCCUCGAUAGCGCCGCUUCGAUCGUACGAAAGGCGGAGCCUGAUGAGAAUAAUCAAAAUCAGUUCUCUCAACAAUUUACAACUUUAA